UUGAGAGAUCGCCAGCACUAGAGACACGCGAGGAGAGCUGAGAGAGUGAUUGAGAACCAUAAUUCCCAAACAUACGUAAACUUGUCGCGAGAUUCGAACAGGAACGCUAGUGUGGGUAAGAUGAACUUUAAGCUCUUCAAAUUGUGUGGAAAGCCGUUCUGUGAUUCGAGACUUGACCAAAAGGCGGCCCAUCCCAAACAGGUGUACACACAUCAAAGUGAAGUUGUCUCCUCCUCCCAGUAACUUCGAAGCCAUCCUGCUGCGGCCGACCUUCGGGUGCCAUGGCUCAUCUUCUGGAAUUCGAGACAGCGCUGAAAGAAGUGGUGAACGCAAAACGACUUUCAGCCUCAAAGAUGAACAAUUUGACGGAGAUCGCUCUCAAGUCUAUGGCGGACGACACUCAGCUCGUCUCUAUCCUUUUUCGCACACACAAGUCGUUGCAAUCUGCUGCCAAGAUAUCGAGUCUCUACGUCUUUGACGCCCUGGCUCGAGCUGCACAUAACGGAGUAAAAGUGCCGACCGAUCCGCGUCUCCACGCUGCCGCACCUCCUCCGACUGUCAUACCAUCAUAUGCCGUGCCACCAGCUGCUCCCAGUGCCGAUCCCCAGGCUACACUUCUUGCCCUGCUCACACAGGCUGCGGCCAAUAACGCUGCUGCCCAAGCACCUCCGAUUCCGAUUCCUCCUCUACAGCCCAACUAUCAACAGGCUGCUUUGCUGCAGCAGCUUUCUCUCGUUGCCAGUCUUGGAAAUGUCUCUCAGCCUCCUGUUCCUGCAGCGAUUCCUGCCUAUCCUUCUGUAUCACCACCGCCAUAUGCGCCCAAUGGGGGAGACCGAAGGGACCCGAGAGUCGAUGGCAACGACUAUCGAAGAAACGACGAACGAGCCAGCUUCCGUCGUGGCCCUCCUGGCCGCUACGAUAGCCGUGACCGCGACCAUCUCGCAGUCCGCCAAGCCGAUUUCCUGGGCGGCGCGAGCACCGCCACAGCCCGUCGGACGAGCCCCGCCAGGACCGCACCGGGGAAGGAUGAAUUCGGGAGAGAUAUCCGGCCCGCAUCGCCUUCCCCGGAACCACCUGACGAUCUUGUCGCACCACCACCGAAAUCUCCGCCCGCGCCCGUAGUCUCUCCGCGUGUAGAACGCGAGCCCGCUGAUGCGCCUGCUGCGAGUAAUCACGAUCAUCAGAUGUCAUUACCAUCCUCGGUAGAUGCUACAAGCCUUGUCUCGAAUAAAAUUCCGUCCAAGCAGGGCCUCGAGAGUUUUAAUCUGGCGACGUUUGAUUUCACUGCCGCAACUUCGUGGGAGACGCUUGGGAAUUUGUGGCAGGUCACACACGGUUACCCGCCGUCGACCGAGGAGCUCAUGGCUUUUGUCAUGUCCGGAGGCCAGAUGCAACCGUCCCAGCAGUUGUCCCACCAAAAGCAGCAGCAGCAGCAGGUGUCACAGCAGCAACAAUGGGGCCGUCAAGGCCAGCCAAGUAGUCGCGGUGGAUUUCGGGGCAGGGGCGGCAACUUCAGAGGAUCGGGCAGAGGGAACCACGGUGGCGGGAACCACUACGGCGGUGGCUAUCGGGAGGACGGUGGUAGUCAGUGGCAGAGCAGUGGGUCCGGAGACACAGACGCGGUCGUACUUGGAGGCGGCCAGGAUAUCUCUUCGAUUCCCGACGCAGGCGCCUCUGGAGGACGGAUGCAGAAAGUGGGAGAGAAAUGGCUUUUUGUACGGGAAGAAUAA